UGCACUUCUAAAACAUUUUGUGUACGAUUCUUCUGUUGCUUAUACAACCUGAUACUGCCACCUUCACAGUACAAAUCUGUCUGCAUUUGGCGCCUACUGUGGCUAUUUUAACGGGACAAGAAACAAUGAACAGCACACUGACGUUAUCACCUAAGCCAACAGGGCCGCACGCAAGGUUCUCAGGCCGAUACCAGUAUGCCUCCCUAGCAGGCAAAUCGAGGACGAUAAGGCUACUCAAGAUCUGUGACGGGAAAAAUUAUACCUUGGAAGGCCAAAAUGACAUCGAGCGCAACCAAUGUGAGCAAGAUUGCUGUCAAGACAUUGGCUCGAAUACGCCGAGACUCGAAUUGCACGAAACAGACCUGGACACUGCUCCUGCAUAUGAGGCUGUCUCAUAUGCUUGGGGUAGCGCGGCUUCAAUGCAGAAGGUAGUGUGUAACUCUGGGGUGUUGCAAAUUACACAGAGCUGUUUCAAUCUUCUACGCACACUGCGCACAAGGGAUCAGUUUAGCCCUCUUAGAAAAACCUCGCGUCGCCACGGACAGAAGAAUGAGUACGCAAACAAAAUCGGGUUCUAUUGGAUCGAUGCCAUCUGUAUUGACCAAUCCUCUCUACAAGAGCGCAGCCAGCAAGUCGCCAUAAUGGCUGCCAUCUACCAAAAGGCCGAUCAGGUGGUUGUCUGGCCGGAGUACCAUGGAACGACGUUCAUGAUAGAAGCAAUCCUGGCAUCUGGAUUCCACCAUAGAUUGAGCGAAGAGCAGGUUUGUCAUCUACGUAGCUUGAUUGAAAGACCGUACUUUACACGGAUGUGGCCACUGCAAGAAAUCGCACUGGCUAGAUCGUGCUGCAUACUGAUCAGUGCAAACGAAGAACUCAAUAUCAGAAGUGUUCUCCUACUGCCGUGUGAAGGAUGGAGAUCCCAAGACGACUGGCCGCUGAGGUCACGUGCUGCGGCUGUCAGGAGCCAGUACGAACGGGUUAUCUUCUUGCAUCGACAGCUAGUAACAAUUUUCCAAUCUCAAUCCUAUGAUUCGAAAAUUGCUACACGACUGUCUUUGCAUCGACAGUUACUGACGUUUACCCAUUUUCACCCCAAUGGCUGGACGAAUGCUGAGCAAUCACCUCUUCUUUUUCAGCUUGCAGGCGAUAAUCAACCCGAGGCUCCAAAAUCCGCUGAACAACGGAGCGAUUCUCAUUUGUGUUCGCUCUCCACGGCCUACUCGAAUAGUUAAACGCACCCUUCAGAGCUCCAGAUUACAGAAAGUCCAUCGAGGAGGUUUAUGUGGACACGACUGAAGCCGCAAUGUCAUUUGACGGUAGCCUUCGCAUCUUGGGCGGUCUCACCGGGAGCUCAAAUUUCAACUUACCCAGCUGGAGUCCUGAUUGGUCGGAUCAUCAACACAUCACCGAGGUAGCAGAAUGGCAGUACUACGAAGCUGCUGGGCAAA